GUGGGCCCGCCGGGCGGCCCCACAGAGCCGCCAUAGCAGCCCGCCUACCCCGACUUAACGUCUCCGCUGUCGGCUCCGCGCCGCCGCCAUGGCCGACGUGGAAGACGGCGAGGAACCCUGCGCCCUGUCCUCUCACUCCGGGAGCGCAGGCUCCAAGUCAGGAGGCGACAAAAUGUUCUCUCUCAAGAAGUGGAACGCGGUGGCCAUGUGGAGCUGGGACGUGGAGUGCGAUACGUGCGCCAUCUGCAGGGUCCAGGUGAUGGAUGCCUGUCUUAGAUGUCAAGCUGAAAACAAACAAGAGGAUUGUGUUGUGGUCUGGGGAGAAUGUAAUCAUUCCUUCCACAACUGCUGCAUGUCCCUGUGGGUGAAACAGAACAAUCGCUGCCCUCUCUGCCAGCAGGAUUGGGUGGUCCAAAGAAUCGGCAAAUGAGAGUGGAGGCUUUCUUAGUGCAUUUGUUUGGAGCCCUGGUGGAUCUUGUUAUCAAGUGCCCUACAAAGGCCAGAACACUCCAGGGAACUAAUUCUUCAAAUAGGAGGAGAUGGCUCUGUGGUCCUUUGGUACUCAUCAAAGGCAUGGCUUAGCAUUUUGUUUUAUUUUCAGAAAUUCUCUACAAUUAAGAAGAUAAUUUAUUAAAGAUGGUCUUUCCUACCUCUGUGGUAUGUAUCCCACACACUGCUUAGAAGUGCUUUAAAGGAGGAGAGAGCUACAAAUUUAAUGACUUUAUAAUUUGCUUAUUGGUAUCCCGGGGGUUGUGGAAGUAGUUCCAUUCAGAAGAGAACUUGUUGCAUGCUUAUAGUUGAUCAGUUAAAAAAAAAAAAAAAGACAAUGUUACAGAAACAAAUAAAGUGCAGUUUAAAACCCAACUCUUAUCCUUAAUUUGUUCCUCAUAUUUAUUUUUGGCUGGGAGGGAGUGAUUCAUGAAGUCUUUGUAUGAUAUAAUGAAAAUUUUUAAGUUUGGACCAAUGAACAGGGUAAUAAAAUUUAAUCUUCAGGCAUAUGGAAUUGUGGUUGUCUUUUAGGCUAUUAUCCUCUAUCUUUGGUUCAUCAAGAAAACCUAAAUCUGCACUCACCUCACUGUCCAAGCAUUGAAUGGUAAAGAACAGAAGUAUUUGUUCUGGUCAGAUUAUGUUGUAAUUUAACUGUUUUAGGUGGAAUGUUAAUGAGGGGAAAAUGUUUACCACUGUAGCACUGGGUCAAAAAGUUUAUUUUAUUACACAGUGUUUUAAUAAAUGGUUUAUUCUGUUUACUUCA